CGGUGUAAAGGGGUUGAAACCAGUGAAAAAAAAAACAAACCCUAAAAGGAGACUCAUUUCUGGGUCGAGAAGGUGCGAGAAUCGCUUACAGAGACGAGAGAUUGACACACACAGUUGUGAUUCGCGUGCUGCGUCUUAAUCUUGAAGCGGGGAAGAACAUGGCAGACCAAGAAUCAGAUAAGAACAUUGAGAUUUGGAAGAUUAAGAAGCUAAUCAAGGGUCUUGAAACCGCAAGAGGUAAUGGAACGAGUAUGAUCUCUCUUAUUAUGCCUCCUAGAGAUCAGGUAGCUCGUGUAACUAAGAUGCUUUCUGAUGAAUAUGGAACCGCCUCAAACAUCAAGAGUCGUGUGAACCGUCAAUCUGUUUUGUCUGCUAUUACUUCUGCUCAACAGAGAUUGAAGCUCUACAACAAAGUUCCUCCCAAUGGUCUUGUUCUGUAUACUGGAACCAUUGUUACGGAUGAUGGAAAAGAGAAGAAAGUGACGAUUGAUUUCGAGCCUUUCAAGCCUAUCAAUGCUUCCUUGUACUUGUGUGACAAUAAGUUCCACACUGAGCCUUUGAACGAGCUUUUAGAGUCUGAUGACAAGUUUGGUUUCAUUAUUAUGGAUGGAAAUGGAACUUUGUUUGGUACUUUAAGUGGGAAUACAAGAGAGGUUCUGCAUAAGUUCACUGUUGAUCUUCCUAAGAAGCACGGAAGAGGAGGACAGUCUGCGCUCCGGUUUGCUCGUCUUAGGAUGGAGAAGAGACAUUCGGUGUUGAUGAUACUUUAAAGGCUCUAGAAAUGGGUGCUGUUGAAACUCUGAUAGUGUGGGAGAAUCUGGAUAUCCAUAGGUAUGAGUUAAAGAACACCACGACUGGAGAAAUUGUGAUUAAGCAUUUGGGAAAAGAUCAAGAGAACAAUCAAAGCAAUUUCCAUGAUGCAGAGACCAAUGCGGAGUUAGAAGUUCAGGAGAAGAUGCCUCUGCUUGAAUGGUUUGCUAAUGAGUAUAAACGUUUUGGUUGUACGCUUGAGUUUGUGACUAACAAGUCCCAAGAAGGGUCACAAUUUUGCAGAGGCUUUGGCGGAAUUGGUGGAUUGUUGCGGUACCAGCUUGAUAUGAGGACAUUCGAUGAAUUAUCAGAUGGGGAAUUUAAUGAAGAUUCAGAUUAAGUCUGAGGAUUAUAAGAUCUGAAGAAGAAGGAUUUGGAGUUUGAAGAAAAAGAAAGACUGAGAACUUUUGUUUGUUUUACUCUGCCUCUCUCUCUCUCUCUCUCUCUCUCUCUAUUAUCGUCCAAUUCCAUGUUAUCUCGUAAGUUUUUCUGGAACAGUUAUGUUAAAAUGUAUGAGAAAUUUGUGCUUCAAUAUACUCAAUUUUGAAGACAUUUUGUAUUUUGGUACGUAGUCUUUGGCUUCAGUAAACAUAAGUGUGUUAUAUCAA